AUGUGUGUUAUUAAUAUUGUGUAUCGGUACCGUAAAUCGGAGAGAGCCGUUGAGGCGCUCGAUGGCGGCGGUGCCAGACCGUACCUCGACCCGGGCCUAACAGCUCGAGAUCUACCGCCCCUGAUUCCGCUGCUCUCUCGUGAUCGCUCAUUAAAACUCUACAAGAAUCGGCCCUAUACAGGACACUGCCCAACUCUGAAGUUUCGCAUUGGAAAGCGAUACGGCGCUAGCACUCAAGAAAUCAUCCGAGAAAUGGGUGAAAGAGGAGUAUGGGCAAAAAGAAUGUUGGAAUCCCAUUACCGCCAGGUAGAUCCUCUCAAAGGCCUCUUGGUAGGUGGUGAUUUCCGUCCAAUCGAGAAAACGAAAGGUCAAAUGAAUCCACCUGCUGGAAGAAGCAAAAGAUACAUUCUUGGAUACACAGGUUUUAUACCAGGAAUGAACUUUUCUUAUGGCAAAUCAUAUGCUAACUUAGCAGAGGAAAGUUUUGAUAGAUUUAAUGUUCAGAGGAGAGCUGCUUUGGAGAGAAAGAAAGCGGGCGAUCUAUCAUGGAGAGCAAAGGCUCGUGGUACUCAAAAGCUCCCUGAGACGUACCCACAUGACAAAUUAAACGCGGCCCUCUUGGACUAUGAUGAGAAAAACAGGUAUAGAGAUGAGCAUAUAUCACCAGAGCAGCCCCCGAUAGCAGGCUAUACGGGACAUAUACCGAGGAUAAAGUCCUCAGAAGCUUCCCUAAGUUUGCGUUACCACGAGGCUGCUAAGAAAGGUCUCUACCUCCUCCAACAGGCAUUAUUGGAAAAAAAUUUCACAACUGCUGAAGUAACUCAUAAAAUUAUUAAAUAUGAAGGGAAAGAUGUCCUUGAACAGUGCACUGCACGUGGUCGGUUUGAAAGAUUUAGCAGUGAAGAUACGAUGUCGGAAAGGAAGAAGGGCUCAGGAUUCCCUCCAGCUCACAAGGCCAGGUCAACUCAGCAGUGGCUGCAAAAGAACAUUCCAGAGUUCAUCUCUGCCUCGGAUUGGCCCUCAGGAAGCCCUGAUCUCAACCCACUAGAUUAUCGGCUUUGGUCCGAACUGGAGAGGAUGGCAUGCCACAGAGCACAUCCUAACUUGGAAAGUCUCGAAAAUCUCUGGUCCAAGCAGUUGAGCGCUUUCCUCAAGAAGUACUACAUGCUGCUAUUGAUGACUGGCCACAGAGAUUAA